GUUCAGCUGGCAGAGCUCUCUGCAUCGAGCCUGGACAACACACAGCUGGAGAUUCUCUCGGAGCCUGAACAUGACAAGGAGGCCAAGCAUGCGAAGGCUGAGAGCAAGGAGGUGAAGCCCAAGGAGGAGAAGAAGACGGAAGACAAGGAAGAGGGAAAGACACCAGCGAAGAAAGAGGACAAGAAGGAGGAGGCAAAAGAGGAGAAGAAGGUAGAGAAGAAGGAAGUCAAGGAGGAAGAAAAGACACCAAGCAAGAAAGAGGACGCAAAGGAGGAGAAGAAGGACAAUAAGGAGGAAGACAAGCAGUUGGAAAAGGAGGUCCAGAAGGAGAUGGAAAAGGAGGAAGCCCAGGAUGCCAAGAAGGCUGAGAAGGACGAAAAAGUCGACAUCGAGGUGGUGGCAGAUGAUAAGGAGGUGAUCCACGACCCUUAUGACCAGGUCAAGACCAAGAUUGUGUCAGAAGAGACCAAAGAUUCCGAGACCACCGUGAAGCCAAAGGUUUCUGUGGACAUCCACACCAAGGAGGUUGUCAUCAAGGACGUAACCACUACCAGCGCCCAAGCAGACAAGAAGAAGGAAGGCAAGAAGAGCGAG